CUUGUUUAUCCAAUGGACAUUCGAUGCGCUCCCCAAGUAACCAAUCGGAAAGUAAUCUCAUAAUUCUAACGGUUAAAUACCAUGAAAAUCCCUUUUAUCAGCGCUAUUUACUUAUUUAAUUUUCCACACCCGGAUACACGAUAGCAAUGUUGUGAUUUUGCCGCAGUACACGUGCUUCAUAUCGUGAAGUUUUGAGAAGUAGAGAAGACAUGCUGUCAGGUGUUCGGGUGUGUGUCCGCUCGCUGUGUAAAGGUUGGCCGGUCCGUGGCAUGAGCUUGUCGCCGCGUCAGAUCAACCGAUGGCCGAGCGAUGAUGAGUCCUCCGAGCCCCCUACGGACAGUCCUCGCGUCCUCAUCACAGGUGGUCUGGGACAGCUUGGAGUUGGACUGGCUCAAAUGCUGAGGCAGCAAUAUGGCAAGGAAAACAUCAUCCUGUCGGACAUUAGGAGGCCUCCUGCUGAGGUAUAUGAGAUGGGUCCGUUUGUGUAUGCUGACGUGCUGGACUAUAAAAACCUGAGGGAGCUUGUUGUAAAUAACAGAAUCACCUGGCUGGUGCAUUACAGUGCAUUGCUGAGUGCAAUCGGGGAAGCUAAUGUAGCUCUCGCGCGCACCAUUAACAUCACAGGUCUGCAUAAUGUGUUAGAUCUGGCGCUGGAGAACUGCUUGCGACUGUUUGUGCCCAGUACCAUUGGAGCAUUCGGCCCUUCGUCUCCCCGUGACCCGGCUCCUGAUCUCUGUAUACAAAGACCUCGCACCAUAUAUGGAGUUUCCAAAGUCCAUGCAGAGCUGAUGGGGGAAUAUCUCCACCAUAAAUACGGUCUGGAUUUCCGAUGCCUGCGGUAUCCUGGAGUCGUCUCUGCCAACACCAAGCCAGGGGGAGGCACUACUGACUAUGCUGUCCAGAUAUUUCAUGAUGCCCUCAGCACAGGCCACCAUGAAUGUUACUUGCGUGCCAACACUCUGCUUCCCAUGAUGCACAUCUCUGACUGUCACAGAGCCACUGUAGAGUUCAUGCAGGCCCCUGAAAGCCGACUGUCCCUACGUACUUAUAACAUCGCAGCCAUGAGCUUCACACCUGAGGAAGUGGCAGAAGAGAUCCGCAAACAUCUGCCCCACCUGAGGGUCACCUACAAUCCUGAUACCAUCCGGCAGGCAAUCGCGGACAGCUGGCCAGUGCGAUUUGAUGACUCUAAUGCACGUCAGGAUUGGGGCUGGAAGCCUUCAUACGGUCUGUCAGAGAUGGUCACAGACAUGCUAGCCAAUAUCCAUGAAAAGAGAACCAAUGAAGGGCUACCUGUCAGCUAGCAGGUACUCUGAGGGGCUGAAACAAGGAUCACCAGCAUUUUGGAUCCCCUUUCCAAUCACUGGAGAGAGACUACAUUUCCAAACUCUUUUUUUUUAUUUUUUUUAUUUCAGUCCAGGACUCUCCAUGAGUUAGAGAGCUGCUAAUGCUGAAAGUCCUCCACAAACUUAUUCUUGUGAAGAAAACAUGUACACCAACAGUAAAACUCAUAUAUGCUCAAACUGUCAGGUUUUCUUACUGCUCAGGAGACUCAAUGACUUUGUUCACACAGUCUAAAUAGUCAUAUAGUUCACUUUAUGAGGAAUGUUUGUGAAAAUAAGUGUACUCAGACAUAGCUCCAUACAAUGUUGCAUACUUUUUAUGAUGUUACAUACGAAUCGAUGCCCAAAUGACAGAAAAUAAUGCUUGAAAUCAGAUCUGACUGUUCAGGAGACACGUUUGAGAAAAUCAGAUUUUAAUCAGAUUUCAAACCACAUUGAUGUGGUUUGUAAACAUCAGAUUUCAUGUGUUUUUUUUCCCAUUGAGACUACAAAAAAUGGAUUUAAGUCAGAUAUACCAAAAAAUCUGAUCUUUUAUGUCCGUUUUCACUUUUUUCUGUGGUCUACACUUACAUAGUUGUAAGUUGUAAAAGUUGGGAAAAUAUAGAACCCCCAAUAACAACAAAAUGUUUAAAAUGAAUUAUUGAAAAGAAUAUUCAUGAUCAGUACACACAUUAUAGAUACAAGGUGUUUAAGAUUUAUUUUAGAACAAUUUUAGAGAAACCACAAACUAUAUUUAAUAGUCCGAUGCAUCACUUAAACACUGCUUCCCUAAUUCUAACCAAAGAACAUUCUUUGUGGAAGGGGUGAAAUCUGCUUUGUCCCCACAGUUAAUUAAUUAAUGUAGCAAGGACCAUUAGUCUCUUUUAAAUUUUGCUCUAGACCACUCCAUGCAUUGUGUUUAUUAGGAAUUGAAGAGACUGUGUCAUUGUGACCACAGACAUGAGCAGAAAAGGUUUUAAACCGGUAACAGCUUUAGUAUGAAUCAAAAGGUGAUAAUGCCUUUCAGAUGUCGGCUGGAAAGAGGGACAUUUACAGUUGCUUGAGCCUGAGGUUUGGUAAAAACCCACGUUUCUCUGUAUAGGCUUUAUUCAUUUAGAGGCCUCUGUAUUUAGAUGUGAUGACAAGUCCUGGAAUCACAAUCUAUAGUUUAGUGGUGUGAAUUAAGUACUUAAUCACUCAGCAUUGCUGAUGUAUUACUAGAAACUGUGAGCCAAAGAGGCCUGUUAAUUUAAUGAUAUUUUAGUUAAUUUAUAUUUUUACAUUUUAAUUUACUUAGAACUGGAUAAAACACACAAAGCCGCUUUGCAAUAGAGUAUGCAUAGAAUAAAUAUUUUUUGCCUGAAAGUCCAAAAGUCUUAGUCUGCUUUCUCUACACUAGUGCAGACAAUUGAAAAAUGACUUUUAACAAAGAUUCAAUGAAGAAUGACUCCCUAAACAGAGUGUAAUUUCCAAACAAAUGGAUAUUGUGUAUAAGUGGUGAAACUGCCUUAAUUUUCAGCAUCAUAUAACCUCAACUGUUUCUAAUUAAUCUAAUUCAGAACUGGUGGAAAAUUGAAGUGCAUGUUAAAUAAAUUGCUUUA